ACCAGCAUCAUCACCGCUGAGCAUCAGCACUGAUGAUUUAAAUCAACCCUUACUGACCAUUUUCACACAGAGGAGCAGAAACAACUGAACUAAGAACAUUUCCCACUGCUCAGCGUUUUUUACUCUCACUACUCAGAAAUGGAACGAGGACUGAUCCUGUUGGUGGCGGCGUUCAUGGUCUAUGUGGCACCAGGUGUCCAAGGAACGGCUCAUUUGUCAUUUGCCAGUAAUACAGAGGUGAACAUCACUCGGACCGGUUGUGGAGUCACUAAACUGUGUGUGGAGACGCCAGGUAACUGUGAUCCUUCUGGAACCAGCAGCUGUCUGUUUGGGUCUGUGGUUGCCAACACGUCAGCUACCAACGGCGCUGAACUGUCCAUCGAACUCAGAGGAGACUCCGAAGGAUACAUCGCUCUGGGACUCACUGUGAAUGCUUCAGAGGGUACCACCAUGCUUUUCAUCUGCGCUCAAAACAGCUCCAACAAUGGGUCGUUCUUCUUCCGGACAAUGCUGAGAAACAACUCUAACAAUGAGCAGAGUGCCAUAGAGAGGAUUGUGAAAGAAAUUCGAGGCACGGUGAACGGCAGCGUGAUCAAGUGUGAGUUCAACAUCCCAAAUGUGAACGCCACCCAGACCAGAGCCAACGAAGAUACCACCUUCUCCAUCCUCCUCGGGACUGGGACAUUUGAUGGAAAUGCUCUCGGUACCUUCAACGUCACUCUGAACAGCGGCCCUCUGAACCUCGGCAACUCGGCCAGCAAUGUCGCCACCACACCCGCACCCACACCCAGCACCUCUAUGACGACAGCAGGAUCUGGAGCUGUCCACCCUCAUGCUGUGCUGCUCCUGCUGAGUGUCCUCACACUGUCCGUCCUGCUGAGAGCCUGAAGGACUUAAUGGGAAGCUGCAGCCAGUCGGAUACAAUAAAAGAUGACUGAUGCACAGGAUUCACACAAAUUAUGUAUAAAACUUUUUAAUGAACCUAUUUAGUCAUUUAAAGUAUAUUUUGCACCAUGUAUGUACCAUGCACCGUGUACUUUGAGCUGAAAAGCAAAAACAACUAUUGAUAUGUUAUUUGCAGAGACUUCUUGUGGUUUUAGUAUUUAAAUAACUCGAGUGUUCUGCACUAUGGGGAAGAGUUGGCGUGAUUCUAGUGUUACACUCGUGUAAACAAACUAGAUCUUAUCUGGCGCCACAAGCUGUUUUUGCAAAUAGACCGGUGGAAUGAGUCUGAGGUGUGUCUCUUGGCAGUUAACCUCAACGACCACAAACAGUCAACACCCUUGAAGGGGAAAAUCCAACUAGGAUAUUAUGUUAAUAUUUAUGAAUUAAUUUACUGUGACUGUAAAAUAUUUGUUGAAGGAAGAGUUCAUCUAAAAUAAUAAAAGCUGAAACUAUG